UUGCCACGCAGGCGCAAACGGUUGGGCGCAGAGCUGCCGGAAUGGCCUUCGUCAACCUGGUGCCCAAACUCUACCGAUCUGUAAUUGAAGAUGUAAUCGAGGGCGUGCGGGACCUGUUUGCUGAGGAAGGCAUCGAGGAGCAGGUGUUGAAAGACCUGAAGAAGCUCUGGGAAACCAAAGUUUUACAAUCUAAAGCGACAGAGGACUUCUUCAGGAAUAGUGUCCAGGCGCCGCUCUUCACCCUCCAGCUGCCACAUGGAUUACCACCAACGCUGCAGUCAACAGCAUCGUUGCUGAUCCCAGCUGGUAGAGCUCUCCAAAGUUUUACGCCAGAAGACCUGAACACUGCCAGCUGUGGUGCAAACUUUGCCUUUCCUGGCUAUCCGAUCCACGUCCCAGCAGGCAUGGUCCUCCAGACGGCAUCUGGUCACCUUUACAAAGUCAAUGUACCAGUCAUGGUGACACAGACUUCUGGGAGAACAGAAAUUCUCCAGCAUCCAUUUCAGCAAGUCCUUCAGCAGCUUGGGCAGCCCUCAGUCAUACAGACCACAGUUCCAACAUUGCACCCAUGCUCUCUUCAAGCAGCAACUGAGAAAUCACACAGGCUGGAAGCUGUGCUGCAACAGCCCGCCAUUCUGCAUUCUGCUCCAGUGGACAGGAAACAUGUAGAAAAUGCUACCAGCGAUAGGCGUGUUCUCCCUGGAAGUGAGCUGAGGCCACAGGAAAGCUCUCAGUAUACCAGCCUUCUGGGUGUGGGGUUUCCUCCUCAGGUUGCUCUAACAGAGUCUAGCCUGGAGCCUAUGCUUGGUGUCUCAGCGAACCUGACUCAGAAUCUGCAUGGUGGUCCUUUCUCUCCGGGCUCUCCGGGCCGUCUCCACCACCACACGCUUGAUACACAGCUUCACAGCCUUAAAGACAGGAUAUAUGGAUGUGACCCUGUAAAGCAACUGAGAAAAACAGAGGAGCCCAGCAGCCUCCGUGUGUCAGAGAAGAAUUGUACUUCUGAGAGGGAUCUGAAUAUUCAGGAAACCGAUGAUGACAUUAAUGAAAUAAUUCAAAUCGAUGGAAGCGGCGAUAACUCUUGUACUGAAGAGGUGGGAAGUGUAAGGGAAGCAGAUGAGAACGAAUUCCCAGGGAUCAUCGACACCGGCGACCUCAAGGUGCUGGAGGAAGAAGUGGACAGUGUGUCAAAUGAAGACUCAACUGCAAACAGCAGCGACAAUGAGGACCGUCAAAUAGACACCCUAGAAGAGGAUCCCCUAAAUUCUGGAGAUGAUGUCAGUGAGCAGGAUGUGCCAGACCUGUUUGACACAGAUAAUGUAAUUGUCUGUCAGUAUGAUAAGAUUCACCGGAGCAAGAACAGAUGGAAAUUCUACUUGAAAGAUGGUGUCAUGUGCUUUGGAGGGAGAGACUAUGUGUUUGCAAAAGCCAUUGGUGAAGCUGAGUGGUGAGCGCCCAAGGCUUGCUACAUCAGCUCUGUGAACCUACGUGGGACGACUAUAUUGCAUGUGUGGCCUACAUUCUUAUUUUAUAUGUGGUCCAUCAAAGAGCUGAUUAACUUUUUUGUUCACUAUAUGGAAUUAAAUAAAAGUAUAGUUCAAAUGCAAA